AUUGACAAAUCAGUAAUGGCGACACAAGAACAACUUAAACAUGACAGCAAAACAACACCGAGGGGGAGUGAACUUAUGGACAGCAGUCAUAUUUUGAAGAAAUAUUAUAAAAAUUUCAUCUAAUUAUCUGCAAUUUCAAUCCAGCGAAAAGGUAUUCAGUAGAUGUCCGGCCCCUCAGAGACAUCAGGUGGUAUGUCGCAUCCUGGCCCUUCUCCUGGGGCGGGUAUGUCCCCAGGGCCCAUCUUGGGCCCCAGCCCUGGACCAGAUCCCUCACCGAGCUCUGUUCACAGCAUGAUGGGCCCCAGCCCUGGACCCGGAACACCCAAUGCACCUCACAGCAUGCAGGGCCAGGGACAAAGUGAUUACUCUCAGGACAGCAUGUACUCUAUGCAUAAGCCCAUGGAGGGGAUGAAUGACAAGUCAAUGGCAGAGGCAAUGCACUUUGGUCACAUGAAAGGUGUGGGGAUGAGGUCUCUCCACAGUGGCAUGGGACCUCCACAGAGUCCUAUGGACCAGCACAGCCAAGGGUACAUGUCUCCCCACCCAUCCCCAAUGGGAGUCCAUGAGCACGCUUCAAGUCCCAUGUCAGGAGGCGGAGGUGGACCUACACCACCACACAUGCCCCCUGCCCAGUCAGGCCCUAUGAUGUCAAUGGAUCCCCAAGGAGGCAUGUCCAACAUGUCCAACAUGGGCCAGCAGGUGAGGGGGUCAUCUGCUUUUAGUCCAGUACAGCUGCAGCAGCUCAGAGCUCAGAUUCUGGCCUACAAGAUUCUGGGUCGUGGGCAGCCGCUACCGGAAAACCUUCAGCUGGCUGUUCAAGGUAAAAGGAGCCUACCCACAAUGCAACAGCAGCAGCAGCAACCACAACAACAGCCGCAGCCGCAGGCACCAAGUGCCAGUCCUUACAACAGGCCUCCAGGUAUGCCAAUGGCACCUAUGGUGGGUCCCCAGUCGAGUCCCUGCCCAGCCCCGGCCAUGCAAGUACUCAGUCAAAGCACAGGACCCAAGCCUUGGGCCGAUGGUCAGUGUGCUGAAAAUCAAACCAUUGCACAGAAGCAGCUCACUCCUGUUGCUAGUGGUCGCCCCUCUCCUGCACCACCUCAGGCCUCUGCUGUGCCAGCUGGGCCCAUGCCGGGCAGUUCGGGGACCCCUCAGCCUCCUGGGCAGCAGGGGUCCGUAAUGCUCCCGAUACAGCACAAGCAGAACCGCAUCACGCCUAUCCAGAAGCCCCAGGGCUUGGACCCAGUGGGAAUCCUGCAGGAGAGAGAAUACAGACUGCAGGCUCGGAUUGCGCAUCGAAUCCAGGAACUGGAAAGUCUGCCAGGCUCGCUGCCUCCGGACCUCAGGACUAAAGCCACAGUGGAGCUCAAGGCUCUGCGUCUGCUCAACUUCCAGCGUCAGCUGAGGCAGGACGUCGUGGCCUGUAUGAGACGAGACACGACCCUGGAGACGGCCCUCAACUCGAAGGCUUACCGGCGCAGCAAGCGGCAGACGCUGAGGGAGGCACGCAUGACCGAGAAGCUGGAGAAGCAGCAGAAGCUCGAGCAGGAAAAGAAGCGCAGGCAGAAACAUCAGGAAUAUCUCAACAGCAUCCUUCAACAUGCCAAGGACUUCAAAGAGUAUCACCGCUCUGUGUCCGGUAAGAUGCAGAAGCUCACCAGAGCCAUCGCCACCUGGCACACCAACACGGAGCGUGAGCAGAAGAAGGAGACGGAGAGAAUCGAGAAGGAGAGGAUGAGGAGACUCAUGGCAGAAGACGAGGAAGGGUACCGAAAACUAAUCGAUCAAAAGAAAGACAAGCGUCUGGCCUACUUGCUGCAGCAGACGGAUGAAUAUGUGGCCAACCUCACCACCCUGGUGUAUGAACACAAAGCUGCUCAAGCUGCCAAGGAGAAGAAGAGGAGACGGAAGAGAAAGAAGAAGGUGGAUGGCGAUGGUGAAGGCACUAGCGCAAUUGGACCCGAUGGAGAGCCCAUGGAUGAAAGCAGCCAGAUGAGUGAGCUGCCUGUCAAAGUGAUUCAGACUGAGACCGGGAAAGUUUUGCAGGGAACCGAGGCCCCAAAAUCCAGCCAGCUGGAGGCUUGGCUCGAGAUGAACCCCGGGUAUGAAGUGGCCCCGCGGUCAGACAGCGAGGAGAGCGGCUCAGAGUUUGAAGAGGAGGAGGAAGAUGAGGCGUCCAAAGGAGAGACAGAGGAGAAGAAGAUAAUCGAUCCCAACGGAGAUGGAGCCACUGAGAGAGCUGCCAAGAACAUCAUCGAGUCAGCCAAGCAGGAUGUGGAUGAUGAGUACAGUGUUCCUACUGGCCAAACCAGCUCCCAGUCUUACUACGGCGUGGCCCACGCUGUCAUUGAGAGGGUGGAGAAGCAGUCGUCACUGUUGAUCAAUGGGAUGCUCAAACAGUACCAGAUUCAGGGGCUCGAGUGGAUGGUGUCCUUGUACAACAACAAUCUCAACGGCAUCUUGGCUGAUGAAAUGGGGCUCGGCAAAACCAUCCAAACCAUCGCCCUUAUCACCUACCUGAUGGAGCACAAGAGGCUCAAUGGUCCCUUUGUCAUCAUCGUUCCUCUCUCGACCUUGUCUAACUGGGUCUAUGAGCUUGACAAAUGGGCUCCGUCUGUGGUUAAGAUUGCUUACAAGGGCACCCCUGCUUUGCGUCGUGGGCUGGUGCCUCAGCUCCGCAGCGGGAAGUUCAACGUCUUGCUGACCACCUAUGAAUACAUCAUCAAAGACAAGCAUAUACUGGCUAAGAUUCGCUGGAAGUACAUGAUCGUUGACGAGGGUCACCGCAUGAAGAACCACCACUGUAAACUGACACAGGUGCUGAACACGCACUACGUGGCCCCCCGUCGGCUGCUCCUCACCGGGACUCCUCUGCAGAACAAGCUGCCCGAGCUGUGGGCCCUGCUCAACUUCCUGCUGCCCACCAUCUUCAAGUGCUGCAGCACCUUCGAGCAGUGGUUUAACGCACCCUUCGCCAUGACAGGAGAGAGGGUUGACUUAAACGAGGAGGAAACCAUCUUGAUCAUCCGGCGUCUGCACAAAGUGCUCCGCCCGUUUCUCCUGCGCAGGCUGAAGAAAGAGGUGGAGUCUCAGCUGCCAGAGAAGGUGGAGUAUGUCAUAAAGUGUGACAUGUCUGCCAUACAGAAGGUUCUGUACCGCCACAUGCAGAAAGGCAUCCUCCUCACUGACGGCUCAGAGAAAGACAAGAAGGGCAAAGGUGGAGCAAAGACCUUAAUGAACACCAUCAUGCAGCUGAAGAAGAUCUGCAACCACCCGUACAUGUUCCAGCACAUUGAAGAAUCCUUUGCUGAGCACUUGGGCUAUCCGAACGGCAUCAUCAGUGGGCCUGAUCUGUACAGAGCAUCUGGGAAGUUUGAGCUCCUCGAUCGCAUCCUACCGAAGCUCCAGGCCACCAACCACAGAGUGCUGCUGUUCUGCCAGAUGACCACUCUCAUGACAAUCAUGGAGGACUAUUUCGGAUACCGCAACUUUCAGUACUUGCGUCUUGAUGGAACCACCAAGUCCGAGGACCGAGCAGCACUGCUGAAGAAAUUCAAUGAGGAAGGCUCUCAGUACUUCAUCUUCCUCCUGAGUACCAGAGCUGGCGGCCUCGGCCUCAACCUGCAGGCUGCUGACACUGUGGUCAUCUUCGACAGUGACUGGAACCCACACCAGGACCUUCAGGCUCAGGACCGGGCUCACCGCAUCGGCCAGCAGAACGAGGUGCGCGUGCUUCGUCUCUGCACUGUCAACAGCGUCGAAGAGAAAAUCUUGGCUGCUGCCAAAUACAAACUGAACGUUGAUCAGAAGGUCAUCCAGGCCGGCAUGUUUGACCAGAAGUCGUCGGGCCACGAGCGCCGCGUCUUUCUCCAGGCCAUCUUGGAGCACGAGGAGCAGAACGAGGAGGAAGAUGAGGUGCCUGAUGAUGAAACUCUGAACCAGAUGAUAGCCCGCAAUGAGGAUGAAUUUGAGCUCUUCAUGCGCAUGGACAUGGACCGGCGCAGGGAGGAUGCUAGGAACCCAAAGCGUAAGCCUCGCCUAAUGGAGGAGGACGAGCUGCCUUCUUGGAUCAUCAAAGACGACGCCGAAGUGGAGCGGCUCACCUACGAAGAGGAGGAGGAGAAGAUGUUUGGUCGAGGGUCUCGCUGCCGUCGGGACGUGGACUACAGCGACACGCUGACUGAAAAACAGUGGCUGCGGGCGAUUGAAGAUGGAAACCUGGAGGAGAUGGAGGAGGAGAUCCGGCUGAAAAAGCGCAAACGCAAAAGACGUCAGGACAAGGACUCCGGCAGAGAGGACGGAGGCGCGAAGGCCAAGAAGAGACGUGGACGACCGCCAGCAGAGAAGCUGUCCCCCAACCCGCCCAAACUCACCAAGCAAAUGAACGCCAUCAUUGAUACAGUGAUCAACUACAGAGACGGCUCUGGAAGGCAACUCAGUGAAGUGUUUGUCCAGCUUCCAUCCAGGAAGGAACUCCCAGAAUAUUACGAACUGAUCCGAAAACCUGUGGACUUCAAAAAAAUCAAGGAACGUGUGAGAAACCAUAAAUACAGGAACGUGGGGGACCUGGAGAAGGACGUGAUGCUGCUCUGUCAAAACGCACAGACCUUCAACUUGGAGGGAUCCCAGAUAUACGAGGACUCCAUCGUUCUUCAGUCUGUUUUCAAGAGCGCCAGACAGAAGAUCGCCAAGGACGAUGACAGCGAUGACGACAGUGAGGAGGAGGAGGAGGACGACGACGAUGACUCAGAGGCCGAGGCCAAGUCAGUGCGGGUAAAGAUCAAGCUGAGCAGGGAGGCACGCGGCCACGACAAAGGCAAGAAGAGGCAGAGCCGAGGGAAGGCCAAGCCGGUGGUCAGCGACGACGACAGCGACGAGGACCAGGAUGAUAAUGAUCAAUCAGACAAGAGCAAAAGUGAUGACGAGUGACGAAGGAGAAGCAAGGGCGCGAGGAUAUUGUUUACAGCACUUAGAAACAAAGGACAAUAUCUUCCAUUGCUGUUGUUCAGGUUCAUGUUCCUUAAACUUUGCUCCAUGUCUUCUGUGUGUGUCUGUAGGGUGUGUUCUCAUCUCCCACCAGCUUAGAAAUGUAUUACUUACAAUCGAUAGCAUACAGCAAUACCAAUCAGCUUAUAUUUCUCUUUUUAAGACAAUUUUGUAGUAUAUUUUUUAACUACGUGCUUUAACAAAACACAAAAUGUACAAAAAAGAAAAACACACAUUGGUCAUCCUAUUUGCGCUUUUGCUUUGUUUGUAAUCGCUUGCUUGCACUUUAAAAAAAACCUUCAGUAUCCUGAUUUUUAAAAAGUCAAGUAAAACAAAAAUAUGUAUCACCAGUGAAAUCAAAGCUAAUUUGGAGAAAUGGCAGUCAGUUUUUUAAGUUUUGGAUUCAUUGUUUUUAACGUGUGCCGUGCCAAAUGUAGACAAACUGACCGUUAGCUUAACCCCUCCCACACGCAGCAUCUGUCCAAUCACAGCUAGGCUUUUUUAAGCUUGUAUGAAAUAAAUAUAAAAGUAAGUAAAAGAUUUAAUAGUUAUCUGCCUCAGUGUGUAGAUUAAACACGCUGUCAGCGUGUUUAAAGAAGCUAACACCUGCUAACUGGCCCAGGCUGAGGUGGGGUGAGUGGACACGUGUAAAGAGCCUGGUGGAAGACUGAGUCAUUCGCUGGACAGCGUUUGGAACAGUCUGUGUCGCGUGUUGUAGCUCAUGUGGACAAGUCCACAGUCCAGUCCAAGUCCUCAAACUGUUGAAAGCUGGGCUCACGUCUGUGUUAGCAUGUAGACCACAGUCUGUGUGUCACAGAUGAGUCCACAGUUACGACACUUUCUCUCAGAACUGUAAAGGAUGCAGUGGAGAAACCCAAAGUUCACUUCUGCUGUUCAUCGUAGAACAAUCCAGUUAAAUCUCAUGGUUUAGUCUAGAAAUGGGCAGAAGUGUCAGGCAAUGAAGGCUUUCUCUGUUUGUCGUGGACCAACGUGGGUUAGGGUUCUUUCACCUGCCCCAGGGAGCGCUUGCAUCUUAAAGGAGGAGAACUCCCGCAGGACUCACAUUGAGGCAAACUUUUCUUGACAAGUGGCAAAAUGAGAGAUGUUGAUUUCAUUGUGGUGCAAACAGCCCACAGCCACUUUGACCUGGUAGAGGCCACUAACUACUUUAAUCCAGCGUCUCCCUCGGGCUGCACAUCAGUCUGUGGAGAUGCACUUUUGUCUCUUAUCUGGGACUUCCUCGAACUCAAUUAUCUCUUCAGCCUCUUUAUCUUUCCUCACGUGCACAUCCUCGCUGUUAUUACCAUCAGUGACUGAGGGCUCUGUAAAUGUGAUAUGUCAGCUCAGUCUCAGUCCUGCAGCAGCGGCCGGCUCGCUGAGUAGCACAGCGUACUGCUGCAACAUCAGGAACAGCUGUGCGCUUCAUCAAACAUUCACACACACCUGAUUACUUAUUUACCUACAGUAACAGGACAUUAUAUAGAUCACAGGCAUUUUAGUCAUCACAAAUGUACAUAUUAAUCAGCCUCUGAGCCUGACACUGAGGCACGCAGACCCUCACGAUCAAAUCUCUUUGUGUUCUGUCAUUACGUUACAGUUCACACAAGGCCUGUUCUCUGCUUUCUGCUCCAUCAGCCCCACCUUAAAGCUUCCUCCUGCUCUCUCCCAAAGCAGCAUGUCGGCUGCUGUCCUCCACCUCCUGCUCUCCUACAUCUCGCUCUUCAUUAGCUACAGCUGCCUCCUUUCUGUCACCUCCCACAGAAUCUGUGGAAAUAUGAAAACAGAGACUGUAACACUGGGCCAAUUAUUAGCGUGUGUUUCCUUUGGCCUGUAGGUACUCUGUUGUGCUGUUACCGUUGGUCCAGCAUGUCUUUGAACCUCCUUAGGAGCGGGCUUUUUGAGUCUUUGGAACUAACAGAAUUGUUUUCAUUGGUUUGAACAGUCGAUAAAUGCUGAGCAGCUGCUGAUAGAUGUCUUUGUAGCUGUGUGGUGUGAGGGGUUCCCCGAACAGUCUCACAGUGUCACUGCCCUUACUGUUUGGCCCCGUCAUCACUUUACAACAGUGAUUCACUGUUAGGUUCCCAUUGCUGCAGGGCAGAACACGCUCUACUGCAUGCUGCAAACAAGCAAUCUGUCCGUACUUUGAAGAAGAAAGUACUUUUAGAAGAACAUGAUUUGGUUGCAUGUGGGCUCUGUAAGGGAAAGCCAACACAUAACCACUAAACAGCAACUUACAGAGCAGUUUUGCUGUUAGCCCAGCAGUUACAGCCACACUGAGUGACUGUGACUGUUAGACUGAGUGAGUAGUGUAAAUUUCACGAUAUGUUUAGACUGUUUGGACAUUAGAAGACUAACUGCUUCCUCUGAUUCUCCCUGGAGACCUGAUGCCAUGUUAUCAGUUUGCAGAGAUACAAAUGGCGUUCUUAGCUUCUGAAGUGCUCAGCUGUGUCCCUGCAUCACCUCCAUCAAACUGUUCACACGUUUAGUUAAAGAUCGGCACCUUGAGCCUGCCUGCACAUUGAGAUAUAGACUCUCUGCAUCAGCUUUUGGUUUUUAAAAGGGAACAUUUGUUUCUUUCAAGGUAUUUAAAAUCAUCCUGUAGAUAUUUCUAAAUACCUGGGAUGUUAUAAUACUGUGAUAUCACCAAGGCCUCAUGUACAGAGACGCCAUGUCCCUGCUGUAACUUAAAUAUCCAAACAAAAUAAAAACGCUCUUUAAAUACUCGCUAAGAACUUUUUGGAUUAGCUGGCGGGAGCAGAGCUGUACUCGUGUGUCUAUGCGUUCACCUCAUGUCGAAGCUUUACAGUUGCAGUAACGGUAACAGGAGGGCGGGGCUUAGCAGACGGUCAGCAACGCGAUUACACGAUUGUGAAAGCACAGGCAGAUAAAAACGUGCGUCUGUAGCUGACAGAUGAACUUGACACAGCCAGAAAUGUCCGACGCUUUUUUAACCGCUUCUAGUAAGACAAAUAUAAUCGCACAUGAUUAGGGAGGUGCACGUGGUUCAUGUGUCCUUCCUCUGAUGUUUUUAACAUUUUCUGUAUCACAGCGUUGUCGCAUUAAUUUUCUCGUUUUGUUGGAGUUAUUUUCUACGUAGAAAGCUCGUGUCAGACAGCGGGUUCACGGGGAAACAUCUCACUUCGGGGAAUGAAACCAGAUUCUGUCGUAGCGCUAAAUGUAGCGUCUGAAUACAUGUUACAGUCGUUUUGCAAAAAAAUAGAAAAUGAAAUCAUAAAAAUCUGAAAAAUAAGUGUAACAAACCGAGUCUGACGGGUUGUGACGGCCUGAAUUACUACAAAGAAAACAGUAUUAUGAGAUUAAUGAGACGUGUCGGUUUGUUUCAGGUGUUCGUGUUCCUUGUGAAUUAGUUCUAAACCCUCAUUUUAUUGUUUAUGUGUUAUUUGUAGCAUGCACUCUUGACAGUAUACCGUGCACAUGCAGAUAUAUCAUUUUUGUGUAAUAUGUGCUUGCCGAUUCUCCGUAAGUGUGACUUAAUCUUUGCUUUCUUUGCACAGUGUCUUUGUGGUUGUAUCUCAUAGCCCAGGGCAAAUAAACAUCACUGAUUUCCAACACAAA